AUGUCAAAGAAAAUGGGAGUCUAUGUCACUGUUGAAGAUGUGACGGACGAAGAAGACGGCAGGCGGUAUUUCGAACCAUAUCCUGAAGCUGGUUGGACGUUGCGAGAGGGCCAAACUAGUUUUGAAAGGCAUCAGCAAUAUAAGGAGAGUGAAGGUGAAGAUAAGUGGGCACCCUUUGGUAAUGAGGAAGAAUGGGGACUUGCUGAAUGGUUGGUCAAAAGCCUUGGGCAGACUAAAACAGAUGAAUUUCUGAAGUUACCAAUAACGCUAAACCACACCAAACCUUCGUUCCACAACAAUCGGUCAUUCCUACAGAGAGUCGAUGCGCUGCCACAUGGACCAGGCUGGAAUUGCAAGAAGGUUAGUGUCAAAGGAAAUCGGACGGAUGAGAACAGACAGUCGCUGCAUGAGGACCUUGAACUUUGGACCCGUGACCCUGUGGAAUGCAUCAAGGAACUUAUCAGAAAUCCUUUAUUCAAGGAAUAUAUGGUGUACACACCAUCACGAGCAUACGAGGACGAAGCGGGCACCAAACGGAUCAUUGAUGAUAUGUGGACAGCUGAUUGGUGGUGGGACAAGCAGAAAGAACUGCCUGAGGGCACAACCAUAGCUCCAAUAAUCCUCGCCUCCGACAAGACAAUGCUAUCACAGUUUCGAGGUGAUAAGUCCGCUUGGCCUGUUUAUCUGUCAAUUGGCAACAUUGCCAAAGAGAAACGACGUCAAACAUCCGCACGCGCAACCAUCCUCAUCAGGUACUUACCUGCGACGAAACUCAAUUGUUUCACGUCUGAUGCGCGAUCCCUCGCUGGAUACCAAUUGUUCCACCACUGUCUGUCGCUGCUGCUGGAGCCGCUCAUUGCAGCCGGUCAGGAUGGUGUAGACAUGGUUUGCGCUGACUCGUUCAUUCGACGAGUGUAUCCCAUACUUGCGGCCUACGUUGCGGAUUUUCCCGAGCAGUGUCUCGUUGCUUGCUGCAAAGAAAACCGAUGCCCUAAGUGCUUGGUGGCAGCCGAUGAGCGUGGUGAUCCACUAAAUUCACUGAUCCGAGACCCGGAGCUGACAAAGGAGAUACUAGAGAGACAGAGGAGUGAUCUCCUCCACCAACUCCACAAAGGGGUCUUCAAAGACCAUCUUGUCAAAUGGUGCCUCGACAUUGUGGGAGAAACCGAAAUUGAUGCUCCCUUCAAGGCCAUUCCAGACUAUCCUGGUCUCCGUCAUUUUAAAAAAGGUAUAUCGAGCGUCAAGCAAUGGACUGGAACUGAGCACAAGGAGAUGCAGCAUGUUUUCAUGGCACUAAUUACUGGUGCAGUCCCAAGUCAAGUUGUCAUUGUCACACGGGCCUUAAUGGAUUUUUGCUAUUACGCACGACUUCAUACACAUACGAGCGAAUCUCUGGACGGUCUGGAGAAUGCCCUCGCCAUUUUUCACACUCACAAGGAUUACUGUGAACACUUCAACAUCCCAAAGCUACAUCAAUUGUCUCACUAUGUACAAUCAAUCAAACUAUUCGGAGCUGCAGAUGGAUUCAACACCGAACUUCCCGAGCGCCUCCACAUCGACUUCGCUAAAGAGGCUUACCAUGCAAGUAACAAGCGCGACUAUGAGGAACAGAUGGUGUUAUGGCUUCAACGCCAGGAGGCAGUCUUCUGCCGAACCACUUACCUCGAAUGGGUGGCUGAGCGUGCCGCUCGCCAGACAGAACGGGAAUCUGAACUGCCACAUCCUCGUCGAUCUGUUCAACAUCUCGAAACCAUGCAUGGCGCCGUCGAUUUCCUGCCCGCUCUCACAUUAUUUUUACAGAAGCAUUUGCCGCACAAUCAUAGCAUUGUGCCUGGUCCCCAAGAUCGUUUUGACACUUUCCGUCAAGUAGUCGUCAUCCUUCCCCCCGACCCUCGUGUGUCCGAGUUGCCCAAGUGCCUACGGGUCAGGGCAACGCCUGAAGUGCUUCCUUCGUCUUCUGGACGGAAGCCAGGUUCCCCCAAUCGAUUCGACAUGGCACUGGUUAGCAGUGAUGGUGUCCAAGCAUCGAAGGCACUACUCACGCUGAAUGCCGCUGUCCGAGUUGCGCAGGUCCGUGUGUUGUUCAGGCUGCCUCGUCAAUUUGGCGUGUACCUGCGACCCCUUGCAUACGUUGAAUGGUUUACCCCGUUCAGAGAGCCAGACGAGUCGUCUGGUCUGCGUCUAAUAUCUCGUUCAACUCGUCACUUGCGACGGAAUUCGGCCGUGAUUCAUGUUGACGAGAUUAUUCGUCCAUGUCACCUCAUACCCAAGAUGGGUCAAUUGGUCAAUCCUACGUGGACGAGCGCGAAUGUGUAUGAGUUGGCGAGUGAAUUUUACUUAAAUCCAUUCAUUGACCUCGAGACUUUUUUGAAUACAACUACUCCCAGCGCCUCCCGUAGCUCUACAUAG